AUGCCUCAUGCAGCUCGACACGCACGGCACCUCACGACCGCACGCCCGCACGACCGCACGCAUCACACCUCGACUGUCCACCACGCACACACCUCGACUGCCCACCACGCACAUACCUCGACUGCCCACCACGCACACACCUCGACUGCCUCCAGCCCGCUCGAGACAGCACACACACGGCCAGACCGCGGCCAAGGACGCGCCCACGCUGCCAGCCAAGAUACCCUGCGCGCAUGCUGCGGCCCAGAAUGCGCCAUGGCCCUCAGCAGCAACGUCGUUAACUACCUCGUCUGGCGCUACCUCCAGGAAGCAGGCUUCGGCAAUGCAGCGCUGCAGCUGUCGCGAUGCUGGCUGCGCGACCCCGACACCCUCCCCUUCGCCAAGAACGUCUCGUCGCACACGCUCGUUCGCAUCCUCCAGGACGGCAUCGAGUUUGACUUGCUGCGCGCAGAAGCCUCUCAUACGGGCACAGAAUACAACUUCGGCACCGACCAUGGCCGUCCCUACUCUGCGCGCAACGGCGUCCUCCUGACCCUCGACAAGGGCAUCCCCGCACACGAGCUGGCCGCCGCGGCUUCAAAUGGUGUCGUGCCAGAGCCGCCGUCCAAAAAGGGCGUCAAGAGGAAGAAGCAACCCAAGUCGAACGGCGCCCCUGCCGAGCCGCGCCUUGAACGUGCUGAACGUGCUGAACGUGCUGACCGCGCUGAUCGGGUGGAUCGCUCUGACCGCGCUGACCGCGCUGAACGCUCUGAACGCUCUGAACGCACUGAACACACUGAACACACUGAACGCGCCGAACGCUCCGAGCCUCUAGCCAACGGAGACGCCAUGGACAUUGACCAGAACGGCGCCGCCCAACCCACAAACAGCGUCAACAGCGUGCGAGCAGACUCGGAGCCUGCCCCCUCAGAAGCAGAGUCUCCCUCCGUCACCGACAUACCCAUCUCCACAUUGCGCAUUGGCGCCGAUGCAUUAAUACAGACCGACGACGUCACAGACCUCACCGCAGCAACCACAUUUUUACCCGCGCCCAAAGAUUUCCAGAAAAUCGUCGAGCACACGUCCUGGGGGCCCCAAGACGCCCCGCUUCUCCUUGCAGCCGGCAAAUCCAUUCUGCAAAUCCACAACAUCCCCAAAACAGCAAGUCAGGAAGCCGACAACUCCAUCAUCACCGCAGACCUGCCCUUGGCCGUCCACGGCUUCGACAUCACAGCACUCUGUUGGCAAUCUGAAGGCGAGAUCACAGUCUCUGCCCGAGAGCAGUGUGUCAACGAAGUGGGCGAGAAGAUGACAAUGGACAAGCUAAUCAAAAUCGACCAAGAUACCUCGCAAACCAUAUCUUCCACCGCUGGGCUCGUCACAACCCUCCGAUGGAAUCCUGGCAAGGAGCUGCUGCUGUCCAUAUCGACAGAUGGCGAGAAGGGUUCCAUCAAGAUAUGGAAGAACGAUAGCGACUCGAUACCCGCAUGGACAGACUUCACCGCCACGCAGAUAUACGACGCUUACUGGAUCAGCGACUCCGCUUUCGUCGUCUGCGGUACGGAGCUUUUCAAGAUCUACGACGUCGACGACGAAUCCUUGACCACCCAACGAACACUGGACACGCAAAUCACGUGGGAGACCAUCAAGUACGACACUUCGUCCGGCAUCAUCGCAGCGCUUGGCAUGCGCGAACAACAAUACUACCUUGGCAUCCUCCACCCCAACGAUUCAAUCAACCUACAAGUCCACGAGUAUCCCGACCGAUACCCCAACGAUCUCGACUUCCGCCCUCCCACCGCAAACAGCACCCUUACCAACGGGGCUUCUCUACCCUCUACACUUCUCGUGACCUGCUCGUUGUCAGGACACGCUCGCAUAUGGGACGCCAAUGAGCCGUUUACUUGCGUUCGCAGACUGUCCACCACCGACGACAGCCAAGCCUUCAAGGUUGCCUUCUCGCCAGACGGAUCGCUGCUAGCGGCCGCUGGACCAGACGCCGUUACGGUGUGGGAUGUGGAGAAACGCGAGGUACCAGUAGCUUGUUGGCGCGCAAAGCAAUAUCCCAGUAACAAGUGGAAUUCGAGUGUGGAUGGCGAGUUCAACCUCGGUUGGGACCACGACAGUUCGAGGAUCUCGAUCGCCCUUGGCAACCAGAUUGCGAUUAUUCCUAUCCCUCGGUAG